AUUCUCCCUUUGUUUACGUUAUGUUGGGAUGGAUGCGUGAGCAGUCAACUGAGCUGAAAGGCAGCCAUCUUGCGAACUGCAAAGUAGUAUUUUCAAAACUAGGAUUGAUGACAGUAUUGUGAUGAUUACAAUAUUUUCUAGGGUACGGAUUUCGUGUUGGAAUACUGGAUAAUAUUUGCGCUCGGCGUAUCAACGUGGUGCACGAGUGCGGAGGUUUAUUUGUGAAGAUCAGGGGCGCGGCUGAAGCAGGAAUCUGUUCCUGACUUCUUUCAAGCCAGCGCCUAAGCCUUGGAGCUUAGAAGACAGCGAUGUAAUACUAUGCAGCAAACAACCCAUUUUAAUUCUCCCACUGGCUAAGCUGAGGCUGUGAGCCUUAAGCUACAGGGAGUGGCUAUAUGUAUACCCAAGUUAAUCUGGAAUCCACGUGCAUUAUACACUAUGAAAGAAGAUCAUCAAAACAUUUUAAAAUGGAUUCUCUUUGCCAUUGGCAAGAUCCGCGACCAGAAGCAGAGGCCAAACUUGGAGAGAAUCAGCCAUACUGUGCGACAGAACUGCAAAGUAUCAGACGAUGUUGUGGAAGAACACUUGGAGCAGGCUGUCAAGGAGGGCACUGUUGUAAAACUCUUGAACAAGGGCCAGGAGACCUAUCGGGAUCCUGGCCAUAUGAAAGCAAAGAGGGUUCUUCCAGUUGGGAAAGGGACAGAUUUAUCCAAAGCUGUGGUCCGUGCUGUUCGGGAGCAGGAUCCGGAAGGCUGUUCACUAAAGGAUGUUGAAGAUAGACUUAGGACAACUUUCUCUCUUGAGACUGAUUUAAGUGAUGUAGAUUUCAAAUCUGUUCUGAGAGUUUCUGUGAAGAGGGCUUUGGCCCUCGGACUCUUGGUUCAGGAAGGAAGACUCAUCAAACUAUCUCUGAAAAGUUUGGAAGUUUCUAAGCUUAAAGGUGAUAGGAGAUCAGACUCCGGAACUCCUAGAAAGAAACGAUUGUCUGCUGAAGAUUUACUCAAUGAAGAUUUGCCAAAGACUCAUCUCCCAAUAUGCAGUGAAUGUCUAGGAACUGACAGAAAUGCUGAGGGGUUGGAGGAAGCCCUUAGUGAAUGUGCCGGAUGUGGUGCAUGUGUGCAUCUUUCAUGUGUAUCAUUGCCAGGAAGCACAACUACUAAUCAGUUCAUAGCCCUGUUGUCUCAACCAGGGGCUGCCUGGUUUUGUGAAGAAUGUUGUACUUGCGGCAAAUGUGGAAAAACUAAAGACCAGGUUUGUUUGCUUGGGUGCUCAAACUGUGAUCGAGCUUUCCAUGUUGGAUGCUUAGAUCCUCCUGCUGAGCGCAAGCCUAAAAGUCCAUGGCAAUGUAAGCACUGCUUUGAGGUCCAUAGGAAGAAAGCAAACAUCAACAAACCUUUAAAUCAUGCAAGUAGGGUUCGGAAGAAGUAUUUAAAAGUUCGUGAUAAAAGAGCUGGAAGAGAACCUGAAAGGGCUCUACGGGUUCCUGGGGAUGAAGUAGACUGCUCAAGGCUCUCUGGGUCAGAUACUGAUUCACCCAUGAGAUCGACCCCAGGUAGGCCAAGUUUAAAAACUCCUGCUCGAGGUUUCAGCAAACUUCACGGACGAAUGCCUAUCCGGCCCACUGUACUCAAAAACCAGUGUAAAACCCCUCUGAAUUCUGCGAGGAGCCCUCUUAAGACACCUCUCCGAGGUUCAGGAAAGAAGAUUCUAAAGAGUAUCACAGUGGAGACGCAUCAGGAGAGCACAUGUGGCUCAACAUCAGAGGAGGUUGGCCUCACGUUGAAUCUCACAGCUAAUUUACCCCCAGGGGUAACUCAAAAGGACAUAGAGUUGUUCAAAGCCAUGCGAGCUAGAGCCAAUUCUAUGACUCCAGCUGUAUCAUCAAAUGAAUCAAUUUUACCACCCGGGUCACUCCCUAGUCCUUCAGGCCUUACUGGUCAAAGAUGUCCUGGAGCAAUUGAAUUUGGACAAUAUGAGAUUGAAACAUGGUACUCAUCGCCAUUCCCUCAAGAGUAUGCAAGGUUACCAAAACUCUACUUAUGUGAAUUUUGCCUGAAGUACACAAAGAGCAAGGCAGUAUUGGACAGACAUCUUGAUAAAUGUAGUUGGAGGCACCCUCCUGCCACCGAAAUUUAUAGGCAUCAAAAUAUAUCAGUAUUUGAAGUCGAUGGCAAUGUCAAUAAGAUAUAUUGCCAGAAUCUGUGCUUGUUGGCCAAACUUUUUCUAGACCAUAAGACAUUGUACUAUGAUGUUGAGCCCUUCUUGUUCUAUGUUUUAACCAAAAAUGAUGGCAAAGGAUGCCAUUUGGUAGGAUAUUUUUCUAAAGAAAAGCAUUGUGCCCAGAAGUAUAAUGUUUCCUGUAUUAUGACAAUGCCACAGUAUCAGAAACAAGGAUUUGGCAGGUUUCUCAUCCACUUCAGUUACCUUUUAUCGAAACAAGAGGGUCAACCUGGUACUCCUGAAAAGCCUCUUUCAGACUUGGGUCGUAUAUCAUAUCAUGCCUAUUGGAAAUCUGUAAUAUUAGAAUAUUUACAUGAUCACAAGAAUACCAUGUCAGGCGUUACAAGUCGGACAUUAGAAGCUAUCAGCAAAGGAACUGGCAUGUACAGUCAUGAUAUAGUUGUUGCUUUCCAGCUGUUGGGCUUUGUUCACUGGGAUGACACAACCUCCCGCCCUGUUAUUAUAAUUGAUUGGAAUCUAGUUGACCAGCAUGCCAUUCGUGUUGCAAAUAGUAAGACUAGAAUUGCAUUGGAGCCUGAAUGUCUGAGAUGGACUCCCCUUGUCAGUAAUGUUGCCACUCCACUGGGUCUUGUGAAGGAAGAGGAUGAUGAAUCUGCUGAUGAAGAAAUGCCCACAUUAGACUCAUCAGUGAAAGACGAAAAGACUGAACAUGUUCCUGUAGAUGAAAAUAGUUCUCAAGCAAAGAGCGUAGUUAAGAAAAAAUUGAAGGAAGACAUUGGAGAUCAAGCAGAUAUAGAAGAUAAUAUUGUGCAGACCCCUGGUGUUACUCGUAGAAAGAAUAUAAGAGCUUCUAAAAACUUGCACCAGAGACAUUCCUCUCGGUUAGAAGCUGAGUCAGAGCGUGAUGCAGACGGUGAUGCCGAAUCAGAUGGCGAGGGAUCCCCAAUGCCCAGUUCAAAGCGAAAACGUGAUAUUGAAUCUCCUGUGGAAGAGGAACCCCUUUCUGAAGAGCUGCUGUCUGUUCAACCCAAUAAAGUACGCAAGUUAGUGGGGAGGAAGAGGGUGACAAGUCACGUCUAUACCCCAGGCUGUAUUCCAAAGAGUACAUCAAAGUCUUCAAAGUCCACGUUGCGAAGCCCUGCUGCUUUAUUAAAGGAUGAAGAGAAGUCAAAACUAUCGGCAUCGGAGCCUAGGGUCAUGCCAUCAAGAAGAAAAGCCUCACCCCUCAGAGACACUAGAGGAGCUUUUACCAAGACCCGUGCCUCAUUGAGCAACCAAGAGGACCUAUCGGAGCUCAGUGAUGAUACAAAGACUGGACGGCGAGGGUCUCUGAGUCUCUCUCCAUCAAAACAAGCUGCUGUAGCUUCUGCAGUAUCAGUAAAGAGAGGCAGAUGGUCUCAAAGGCACUCCAAAACACCAGCUGCAAAGAGCUUGGAUGAAACUGAUGACGGCUGUGACGCCCAAAUGCCUGAACUUGAACCAGAAGUGGACCAGACUCAAGAAGGUCAAGAGGAGCCUCCUCCACUGUCUCCACCUUCAUUACUGGAGCAAAGUGAAAAGUCAGCAGAGGCUGAAAUAGCAAAGCCGCCUCCAAAAAGACGUGGUUGGCAGAAAGGCCGACCACGUAAAGGUCACAUCACAAAACGCCAAUUGUUAUAUAAAUCUAGAACUGAGGCCAGGAAGGCCAGCGGGCGAGCAAGGAAGAACACAUCUACUGCCGAAGAUGAACCUGAUACUAGUCAAGCCGAAGAUGAAACAGCAAGCUCUCAAACAGAAUCUGAAACUAGACCUGAGGCUGAUAAUGUGUCUUUGGAUCUGCAAGAUACCUCUCAGGAGGUGGAAGAUGCAAUUCCUGAUGAGGUAUCUAUCAUGCCGCCACCAAAGGAUGCUGCCACAGAGGAUUCAGACGAUGGUGAAGAAUCUCAGCCAAAGGAGACGGAAGAAAAAUCACCAAAAGUACCACUGGAAGAUUCAGAAGAUAUUCCUAAGGAUGAAUGUGGUUCUAAUGAAAAGUCUGAUGACAAACAGGAGGAAAGUAAGGAUUCCGAAGAUGUGUCAAAUGAGCUGAGUACUGUUUCUCUGACUGAGGUUGUCAACACAACAGGGGGUGAAAUACAAGAGCCACACUCUGUGUUGAUUUGUGAUGAUAGUUUCUCAGACAAGAAUAGUGAGGAAACUCCAAAAGAGCUUGUUGACCCACUUCUUAAAACACCUGAAAAGGUGUGCAGCCCCAUGUCUUCCGAGGGCCCUGAACCGGCAGAUUCAGUCUCUUCAUUGUCAGCUACUCCCACUUCACCAGCCUCAUCUAGAUCCAAAGACACGGCGGAUCAAUCCAUCACACCAACUAAAGAUGAUUUUGAUGAUAAGUUGGUUCAGAUGGAAACAGAAUUUGAAUCUGCCAAGGUCAGAAAGGCACAGAAAAGUCUUGAUGGUAAGGACAAGAGCAACCUAUCAGACGAUUCUGAAGAACAGCUCAGUGGUUUCCAGCCAAUUGAAAGUAACAGUAACCCUCCCACUCCAGUUAAUACUGGGACUGAUGAGGCAACACAGCUUGGUUCAUCCCAGCCCAAUGAAAACCAUAGUUCAAACGAUUUGUCAGAAGCACCACAAGACAUCCUACCCAAGUCUUCUGAUUUAGAUAAUCUAGACAACAACAAGGAAACAUCAAGUGUGGCAAGCAAUGAUGAUGAAUCUCAAGAGACUUCACCCCUAGUUCAACCAGAUUCGUGUGAUAAAUCUCCGCAGCUCCCUCCUCAGUCCCCUCAGCCUCCAUCCUCUCCCUCAUUAAACCAGCAACCGCCACAAGGCAGCAGUACCUCUUCGCAUCAAUGUGAAGCACCUCAAGGUCAACAGCAGGACCAGCAGUCGCAAGGGCAACAGCAGCAACAAUCCCAGGAUCAGAACCAGCAAAGUAACAAUUCUGAACAUCAAAAUCAGCAAAGUAAGGAGUCAGACCAGCAUAACCAGCAAAAAGAAGAGUCUCAACAAAAUCAACAACUUAGCAUUGAAAGAGAGUCAUCGCAUCUGUCUAUGGAAAGUCAACGACCGUUUGAAGUUGACCUCCAAUCUCAAAGAGAUCAUCAAAGAUACGACUGCAAUUCUGUGCCACCCAUAAUUCAGGAACCCAACCAAGGUAACGAGUUUGUGCCUGUGACCAAAGUCCAAUCGCCUCCGACUCUUUUGGGUGUUGACAAUACCAUCAAAUCACCAAGCAAUGACGCACUAGCCUCAAGGACUACUGGGUUACCAACUGAAAUGCCAUAUUCUGCUUUGCCAAUGGAGUCUGAAAAGCAGCUUCAUUCCAUCAAUUCUGAGGUGCCAGACAGCGCCAGCUCAACACCCCAAGGUGACCAUUGCAGUGACUCUGUUCAGCCCGCCACUCCUCAGAACCCUGGGUCCGUCAAGGCGCCCUCGGCACCGGAGCUGCACAGCCUGGGGGUGUACACGCCGGACUCGACGACCAACUCGGUGCACUCGAUGCACGGCUACAACAACCAGUGCGAGAUGGGCCUCGAGUCCCCCACCUCCAUCUCCUCCACGGACAUGGCUCCGGGCGGCCCCGCCUCCGGCGACGGCUCUCACCACUCGCACCCGGAGGGGCCGCAGGGGCCGCAGGGGCCGCGCACCCCGGCCAGGGAUAGGGACCUGUCUCAAGGGAUGCCGGCCGCCACUGUGCUACCCGGGCCGCCCCCGACGCGCCAGCCCGCCCCAGGUCCGCCGACCCAACCGCUGGUGACGGUGCCGAACGGUCCGUCCAGCAGGCCGCCCAGCAGCGGGCCGUCCGUGGCGGUGGGGCCCCUCAGCGGACCCGCGCCGCCCAUGCAGGGACCCUGCCCCCCGCCGAUGUCGCCGCACCCCUACGGCGGCGCUGCGGGGGCUGCGGGGACGCGGCACAUGCCGCAGCAUCCGCCGGCACUCGGCAGUCAAGCCGGGCAGGCCAUCGGGCAGCCCAUCACUGCGCCGCCACCCGCCAUGCCCCACGCCGGCCACCCCCACGUGCCGCAGACGUCGCCGCACCCGCCACACGGCCUGCCGCAGCCACAGGCGUCGCCACACCCCGCCGGGCCGCACGCCCCUCAACACAGCGGCCCUCACGGUGGUCCUCCUGCCGCCCCGCAUGGAGCGGCGCACGGAGCCUCUCACGGAGCGCCGCAUGGACACGCCGUGUCGCAUGGCGUCCCCCACGGCGCGCCCACGCACGCCAUGCCGCAAGUGAACCACCCCGCGGUCGGCCAGCACGGCCUGCACGCGCACGGGCCGUCCAUGCACGACAGGCACGCGUCCAUGCAGCACUACUCGGACUGCGCGCAGCAGCUGUCCCUGCACCACCAGUUCGUGCCCCACCACAUGAUGGCGCACCAGAUGAUGGCCCAACAGAUGAACGCCAAGGCCAUGAGUGAGGCGCAGCACCACAUGGACCCGUACAAGAACGCCUACCUCCAUCAGAGCGCUCUCGCCAACUCCAAGAGCGGCUAUCCCAUGCACAUGUUCCCGCAACACCACGACCAGCACCGGCAGCAACAUCAACACCAGCCGCCCCUGCAGCAGCACCACUCUCAGCAGCAGCACCACCCCGCCCCCGCCAAGUCGCCGUACCAGUCCAAGGCGCAGGCCGCCUAUCCGGGCAUGCCGCUGCAAAUGCAGCAGCCCCCUCAGGCCCCGCAGCCCCCGCAGCCGCAACAGCAGCACCGCGUGGAGCCGCCCUCGUCCAAGUCGCCGUACCUGCCCCCACAGCCGCAGCCGCAGCAGUCCCCCGCCCCCGCCAAGUCGCCGUUCCUGCCCUCGCACCACCCCCAGAAGAGCUACCCGUCGGCCCAGCCCGCACCGAUGAGCGGACCGCCGCCCGCGCCGUCCAAGUCGCCGUACUCCGGCCACCACGUCCCUCAGCACAGCCCCCAGGCGCAGCCUCAGCCCGCGCCCGCCAAGAGUCCUUACGUGCCGCUGCCACACCCAUCCCACCCCAUGCAGCAGACUCAGCCUUCGAUCACCCCCCUGCAGUCGCCCUCCGGCCAGCCACCACCGCAAACUCAACCCCAGCCACCCCCUCCCCCACAGCCACUGCCCCAGCCAGCGGCGCCCAAAGCAACAAAGUCGAGAAGCAAUGCCCGUAGCAGAAAUCAACAGCAAAAGCAGCAACAGCAACAACAGCAGCAGCAGCAACAACAGGCAGCUCAGCAGAGGGCCACUCCUCCUUCUCUGCUUCCACAGCAUUCCAGUGCCUCUGCCUUGGCACACCAUCAGCAGAGCACGCAUCAGCACCACAUGUCCCAAGGGAACUACAUCGGAGUCCCCCAGAUGUCGCCGGCGUUCUCUCAGGCUGCUGGGCCCUACAUGGUCCUGCAGCAGCACAUGGCUGCCGCGUCCGCCGCUGGAGCCGCUGGAGCACAGCAUGGAAUGCCCCCUCAUCCGCAGUCUCAGCCACACCACCGACUGGGGCCCUCGCCUAACUGUUCCGUGUCGGCGGCCAACUUUUACAGCUUGCCGCCCUCGUCGCACGCAGUGUCCAGCCCCAUGACGGCGCCGAGUCCCGGUGCGGGCCCGGGCCCUGCGCCUGCACCCGGGCCCCAGCUGCAGGCCUGCGCCGCCCCCGGCCCGCGCGGCGGCCACGCCGGCCCCGCGUCCAGCAACCCCUCGUGCAGCCUGGCCAAGCUCCAGCAGCUGACGAACGGGCUGGAGACUCCAGUGGGCCACGGCCACUGUCCGACGCCGCCCUCGGGGGCCAUGAUAACCACCCCGCCCCCCGGACUGCCCUCGCACCACAUGACACCCCCACCCUCGAGUCAGAUGUUCCACCAACAAAGCUCGAGAGGCCUGGCCACGCCGCCUUCAGGAAUUCAUCCCAACUACCCACAAAGUCAAGAUUUCUUCGCCAGUUAUCACAAGUAUUAUCAGUCUCCGGGCUCUAUGAGUGGCUUACCAACACCUAUCCAUGUGGCCAGCAGCGGUUCUCGCUCCAACCGUGGCAGCAGCAAUAGCAGCAGCAACAGCAGUGGCAAUGGUUCUUCAGGUGUAACCGGAGGAAGUGGCAGUUCAAACAGUGCAAACAGCAGUAAUCCUAACAAUGUUAGUCCAGCUGUGCAACACUCCUCUCUGCAUGCGUCAAGGAUGGGGGUCAGUGUGGCACCCAACAUCAUGGCCCAAUAUGGCUCUUUCAAUGGCUACCGUAUGCAACAACAGAGUCCCUAUCUGACCAACACUCCAAGCUUCAUCAAUCAGUCUGGGCAGAUUCCCGUUCAGAUGAUGGCACAGCCUCAGUAUCAAGACACCCAGAACAAUCACAUGUACCCCCAUUACCCCUAUAUUAACGGAUCAUUGAUGCAACCACUAAAUGGUGCUAGACGGUGAAAUAUUUUAAAUUAUUAGUCAUCUGAAAAUAUCUCAUUUUUCAAACCUUGUCAGUGUUCCAAGCACCUGAACUGUUUCAAUAUUUGACUCUUCUUUAACAAAUUGUGUCCCUUAAUGUAGAAUUUUAAUAUGCAUCGUACACUAUUUAUUUUUAUCUUAUAGAAAUGUGUUUCCAAUUGCUUCUGUUUAGUAAAGAACUCUAAUUUAGCUAUUAUAGAAUUUUCAACUGCAAGUGUUUCUGAAAAGAGUUAUACUAGGAAAUGAUAGUGUGUUCCUCAAAUUGUGUUGCAACUUUCAUUUCUUGUUCACUGGAGAGUCAGCGAGUGACUUUCAGAAGAUACCUUCAUUCUCAAGAUUGAGUGAUUGUAAGCUUUGUACGUAUGUAAAUAUAUGUAUUUAUGUAUGUAUAGUUGAAUGUUUGUGCUUGUAUAUAUUUGUAUUUAUGUAUGUUUCUGUAAACAGACAAGAGGCAAAAUGAAUUGAAAACCUCGUUAUUGUUGAACAUAAUUUUGUGAUUGUGUUAAUUUCAGUAUUGUAAUUUUCUUGUUCUCCUUUUAAGUUGUUUCUCUUCUGUACAGCAGUUGUAAAUGUUGGAUCUAGAAAAGGGCUGACUCACCAAAAGGCUGCCAUUUCCGCUAAUAAAAUUUCUACUUAGUGUGAAUUAAUAUUAUUAAACUUACUUUUAGUGACCUUAAGUGUAGUUAUACUUACUUACUUUCAUGUCAAACCAGUGCUAAAGAAAUUUUAUAAAAUGAAGCUCCUAGCAAUCAUUUCUGGAGUGUGUGUCCAAAGAUUUGUAUGUAUUAUGUAUUAUGUGCCUUGUACCUGUUAAGUCACGUUUAUUGUCAGCCUCUUGAGGAGUUAGCCCACAGGAAUAUGAGUUGUUUCCUAUACUCAAUACUCCAUAAUCAGUGCCUUUUCUGUGAACCUGUGAGGAAGUGGAGAUAAUAAAAUUCACUAGAGGAUGCAUUUGCAUCAGUUACUAA